CGCGGGUCCAUGCACACUCACCACCGAGCGCGUUGUACCUGGGCCGCCCACGACGUUGGUCUUUGCGCCUUUUGUCCUUGUCAUUUUCUGGGCGAUAAUCAGCAAACCAAGGUCCAAUCUCGCACCGAAUAUGCGAUAAAUUAUCCCCGAGCUGCUCAUCCAUGCCGCCGCCCAUUGAGCACCCCCGACCUGCGCCGCCAUCAUGUCGACGACCAAUUCCCCACGGCGGUCGAGUGAGAGUUUUGAGUUUCUAUCGCCAAAUCCGCCCCAGGGCGGAUUCCAGUUUCCCCCGCAGCACGAAUGGGCAGGCCGGUCAACGUCUACGGGUGGGCGCUACAAACCGCGACGUGGCUCUACGGCCUCUUCAAUCCACUCGGUCGGUGGUUCACUUGAUAGUGGCUUCAAGAGUAGCAUGGGCGCGGUGAGAGAGCAGAGCAACAAUGCUAUCUCUACGUUGCUCACGCCGCCCAUUAUGCGGACUGGCAUGGUUCCGCAUACAACUGCUACGGCCACGUCUGGACAUCGACCACCAUCCACCAAAGAUAUCCCUCCUGUCACUCUGACGAAUGUACCCCACAUCGAACCCUCCGCCUUCAAUCCAUACCUCUCGCAAGUCGGCAAUCUGUACGAGGCAUUCCAACGUGCAAAGGCUGAGGCUGAGGCCGAAUCAACGCAGCCAGUAAGGAGAGGGUCAAAGAAGCAAGAUCGCUCAGAAUCCCUGGAGCGCACUCUACAUAGGAGCUCGUCACCAAGGCAAACUUCGAGAAAGGAGUACCGCUCAGAGUCUCUCGAGCGCAGCUUACACACAGGCUCACCGGCCGGCACCCCGAAUCUUGGCGGAAGGUCCUUUUCUCCCCAUUGCAGCCCGAGGCUGAAGCGCCGAACGAGCGGAUCGAAACGUACCGUUCCCACAAUUACCCCCCUUUCUACGAUACCCAAUAUUUACUUUGACGAAAACUUCCACCUCGAAAACCCCCGAACCUUUGACGUCGUGAGCGAACGAUCCGAGGUGGUCAGACCGGUACGGAACUCAAGUACCGAUGAUUAUGGCGCGAAUGCUUCGCUGGACGCUCCACAACAGCCGGGAAGGAAAGCGCUGGCGACGAAUGCGAUACUGCAGGAGAAACUAUCAUGGUAUAUGGACACGGUUGAGGUGCAUCUGAUAUCUGCUAUAUCUACGGCAUCGUCAUCGUUCUUUGCUGCGCUUGGCUCGCUGCGCGACCUCCAGACCGAAGCAGCCGACUCGGUGGCGCGAAUAAAAGGCCUCAGGGAAGACCUGAAGAAGCUUGACGAGCAAAUGGCCAUAGGAGGCUUGAAGGUUGUCGAGAUGAAGAGACGGAGAGAAAACCUGAGAAGACUGGCCGACUCGGUCGACCAGCUACAAGCUGUGCUUUUUGGAUUGUCGCGCUGUGACCAGGCAGUCGUCGAUGGCAACCUGGAGAGUGCCAUGACUCGGAUAGAAAUGAUAGAAAGACUCAUAACUGGGGCGCUGGAUACCAGAGACGCGCAAGCUACUGCUUGGCUAGAGUCACGCCUGCCCCUACAAUUGAUCGAUUUGCGCCAUCUGAGAGCACUCGACGGCGUUUUCGACGCCGUUACUGAACUAAAGUUCCGCGUAGGAAGAGGAUUUGAAGCCCAUUUCGUCGACACCCUACUCACUGAUUUGCGUGAGCACGUCAAGCGAGUUCCGACUCAUGACACACUGGAACGAUGGGUUGCCGCUUCGCAAAAGGCACGUGGAAACAGCCAGAAGGUUCAAAUAGCUUUGCCCGCCUACAUGACGACAGAUGAAAAGCUGCGUGCAGACCUCCGAGCUAGCUUGUACGGUCUGAGCGGGGCGCAAUUCACGAAUCAAGCGAGCACAACCUUUAGGGAAUCGAUAGUCAGAGAGAUGAAACUUCUCAUUCGCAAACACUUGCCAAGUUCAUCGGAUGAUGACACUGGGUCCAUGGCUUCUGUGUCUACAAGAGGUGGUCGCGGAUCGAGCCAGGCGGACAAGAACUCAAUCCUGGCAAGGAAUCUGCGUGCGAUGGACCCUGCAGACGCUGAAGCCUUCUUCGCAAACAUAUUCACCAACAUUGGCGAAGCCCUGCGGCGACUUAGUAUAUUGGUCAAGGUGCUGCUUGAUGUAACGAGCGGCGUUGCCACACCUCCAUCUGCAGGUGGGCUGCGGUCCCCUCUAAGAAGUCCGUACGGGAACACUAUGGAUGAAUACAUCACUAACGGCCCACCACCCCCGAGUGCGAGCGAUCUACAAAUGGAGCUCAUGCAAGCUCUCGACAUGUCAAGCCUUUUGGGCCAGGCUGUAGACGCGGCCCAGACGCAAAUCACGAAGCUUCUGAAAGUGCGUUCCGAAGCUACAACUAACCUCCCAUUGGAUCGUUUCCUACGAUACUUCAACAUGUGCAGGCUGUUUGCCGACGAAUGUGAGGCAGUCUCAGGCCGUUCUGGUGCGGCCUUGAAGGCUGUUGUCAACACCCACAUCAACGACUUUGUGAGCAAAUUUGGGGAUUUCGAGAAGCAAGAGCUUGCAAAAGCAAUGGAUGCAGACAGGUGGGAGCCCAAGGACUUUGACGCAGACGACACCGAAGUCUUGGCACGUUUGUUGAGGGGCAUGGAGAGCGAUCCACCAAGCUGGGCAGAGACUGGUGAUGUCCUCCGGAAAAUCGAGGAGCCAACUACAAACGGUACAUUAGCACUAACAAACGGCAACGUGGAAGAAAAACCAAAGGAAAAGGGCAAAACGACUGUGCCUGCCAUUGUAGACGAGGAAAAGUAUACGAUAUCACAGUCUUCAACAACCGUCCUUCGUGGUAUCGAACGCUUCGAAAUUUUGGUUUCUUCCAUGCCGAGCAUGACUUCGGAAGUUUCUACCUCACUUUGUGAAUACAUCAAACUCUUCAACUCCCGGCUUUGCCAGUUGAUCCUUGGCGCCGGCGCCAUGCACUCCGCUGGUCUAAAGAAUAUCAACACCAAACACCUCGCCAUCGCCUCACAAACUUUGUCCCUAAUCAUCGCCAUCUUACCAUAUAUCCGCGAAUGUUUCCGCCGACGCGCCGCCUCUGCAGCGAACAAGUCUUCACUCAGCGAAUUCGACAAUGUGAAACGGCUGCUUCAUGACCAGCAGAACCAGAUCCACGAGAAGUUGACUGAUAUCCUGUCUGGGAGAGCGACAGUACAUAUGCGCAGCCUCAAGAAGGUGGAAUGGGACAACGACGCUGAGAUUAACAAGGACGUCAGCCCCAGCAUGGAGAGUCUGACCAAGGAUACUGUGACCAUGCACAAGGUCAUUAACAAGUACCUUAGCGAUAUCCAGGUCAGGAUGAUCAUGGGUCCCGUAUUCGAGAGCUACAGAGACCAAGUUGGCAAGGUGAUCAGAGAAGCAGCGGUCAAAACCCCCGGCGGGAAAGCUCGAUUACUUCGUGAAGCCAAGCUCUUUGACGCAAAACUCGGACCCAUCGACGGCGCUGGAAACGUCGGAUCUCACCUCAUCGGCCUGGUCGUCAGCAAAGCCGUCUCAGAGCCAAAGCCUGAACCUACACCAGCAGUCGAAGCAGAGAAGAGCGAGAAAACAAACGGCACAGCCGGUGCAAUGGCGGAGACUGCUAACGGCAAGGCUGCCUAA